AUGAGUUGGAAAAUGCUGCAACGAUAUUAUCAUUUUCCAUCACCGACACAGCACCUAUUCAAACCUGUGGUGCAGUUUACGACCGAAGACAAAAAGGCGCAAACGUCACAUGUUCGGGUCUCAAAGUGUUGUACCCUGGGCAAGGCGCAGUAUGCUAUCGCAGAGUUUCUCGGGAUCCGUAUGCAAGACAUCGACAACACCAAGUACGAGGAGAUUGUGACGGCUCAUGAGGCGGUUAUGAUGUUGUAUGGACGGGUGGAUGCGAUUAAGUCGGUUGAACUCGCAGUGACGCUAUCGAAUAAGGUAGUGGCAGCCCUCACAGCUGGCGACGUCGAAGUUGUUGCAUGCCUUGGCGACUUUGCAUCCCACGUUUUAGAAUCGUAA